AAUAAACAGGGAAAAAAAAACAACAACAAUAAAAAAUAUCGCCCGCGAGCCCGUCGCUGCUGCCGGCAGGGGGAACACCCGCAAGCGCCCUCUUCCUCUUGCUCGCCCUCUCUGCUCUCGCCCUCCGCCCCUCCCCCCUGGCGUCAUGGAUUCCUUUCUCGCCCCUGUUCCCGCCCCCGGGCGGUCCUUGAGCAAGGAGAAUGCCGGCCCGGCGGCUGCCCUCGCACAGCCUGCGCCAGGCCUGGACACCGCGAUGCCCGAGACACUGAAGCAGCGGAGCGAGGCUCGGCCGACGGCGACAGCGCCUCGCGAUGGGCGCCCCGUGACGCCGGUCUUCCUGCAGCCGGGCUCCCGGCCGGCCAGCGGCGGGGCGGAUGCGCGUCCCGGCCUUCGUCUCACGCCGCUGGUGCCGGAUGCGGCCCUGCUGGAGCGCAUCCUUCGAGCGGAUGGGUCCGUCCCGCCGGUCGAAGCGCCGGCACCCGGGUUCUGCGCCGACCCAGAGGAGCAGGAUUUGCCGCCGGAGCUCCAGCCCCUGGCCGCAGACCUGGCUGACAUCAUCCGGGUCAUGCACCUCCUAGCAUGAACUGAGAAGGACAAAUAAAGUGCCGCAACAGAGAGCCA